AUGGAGAAAUUAGGUAAUCUAUUUGAAUUCUUCGUAACUGCAGGAAUUAAAACUAAUGAUUAAGGUAAUUACAAUUCAAUAAAUAUAUUUGUAGAUGUAAUACUUUAAUCUUGUACUACUGCAAAUAAGAAAGAUCUUGCUAUACUUACAAUAUUUCCGAAUCCAGUAGAACGUAAAAUGAAUCAUGUUUUAGCAGAUAUUGCUUUGGUAAAAUAUUCGGAGAUUAUUAUUAUAUAGUGGUGCUUUCCUUUAGGAGUAAAGACAAUAAAGGAAGGAGAUAGUAGAUUUAAUAAGAUAGAAGAAUAUUUUAAAGAAGAUGAUAUAUAAACAUCUACAAACGAGAUCAAUUAUUUUGUUAUUAACGAUUUUAAAUAGCACAUCAAAUUUUAUUGUACUUCAGCUUGCUUUUAUGAAAAGAUGUUCUUAAUUAUGCCAUCAAAUGAUAAAUUAAUGUAAGUAUUUGUACCUAAGGCUUUCUGUGUAAUAUCUUGUUAUCCUGCUUUCAUUCCUUAAAGAAGUUUUGUUAUGCAAUUACUAAAAAUCUAAAAACUUCGUUUAUCUUAAAAUAGAGAAAGAGAUAAAAUAAUUACUAUAAAAAGAGGAUAAUAAGAAUAUUAGAUUGAAGAAAUAAAACUCUAUGAUUUCUAUAUCAGAACAGCACUUACUUAAUGUCCUAUUAUUUAGGAUAAGUAUUUAUAUAUUAAUAAUUAGCAAGCGUAGAGUAUAGGUUAAAGUUCAGCAGUUCUGAGAUAUGGAUGAAUUACUAUGUUUCCAAUUCACAUCUUACAACGCAUUUUUCUAUUUUUAAAUUAUCUAAUAACCUAUUCGAUGUUUUAAUUUUUAAUCAACCUAUCUUUAAUUUGUAUAAAUUACUAUUAUACAUGAUGCUUGAAUACCAAAUCAUUAUUGUUUCUCGUAAACCUGCUGGCAUUACUUUAUUUUGUUAAUCAUUAGUUGAAUUACUUGCUCCUUUAUAAUGGAGAGGUCUUUUUAUUCCAUUUCUUAGACCAGGAUCUUUUGAUUUUCAUAAAUCUUAAUUACCUUAUAUUAUAGGACUUGAUAGAAAUCUCUAUGAAAUUGUAAUCUUAUCAUUUAUUUAGUCUGAAAAACCUUUGCCUAAAGAAUUAAAAAGAGUUAUUUAUGAUAUUGAUGAUGGACGUAUUCUUUCCAGAUCGGAUGAUCCAAAAUGUCCUAAAUAAUAUUAAAAUUAUUUCAUUCGUAAAAUGAAUACUGUAUUUGCAGAUCUUAAAUUCUAUGAAAAUGUAAAUAUUUUUAUUAAUCUAUAGGAAAUCUUUGAAGAAGGAAUCAUGAAAUAUAGAUAAGCAUUUUAUAAUUUUAAGUUACUUAUGUUAAAUGAUAUCUAUAAAUAUUUUAGUACUGAUACAUCUAAUUAGAAAUCAGAAAAAAAAAUAGUUAUGUUUGAUUAUAAAAAAUUUCUAACUUCAUUUGAAAGUUAAGAUUAACUAUUUUUUUUACAAUUUCUGAAAACUUUAUCAUUUCAAUAAUUUGUAAAAGAUCUUUAUAAAGUUAUGGAAUACAGAGAAGAAUUUAUAAAAAACAACAUUCAAAAUGUAGAAUAUUAUUUCAGUACUGUUUUAUAAUUUUUUGAUGAUGUUAGAUUUUUAAGUAUUCGAUUUGGAGAACAAACUUUAGAUGAUAAAUUAGUCAUAUUAGAGAAUCUAUAAAACAAUUAUAUUAAAGCAGUAUUAGAUAGAAAAAAUGAAUCCAGUAAUUAUAAAGUUGUAGAAAUGAAAACUACUGACUUUAUUCCUGAAUAUUUAGAUCAUCUUAAAAAUAGUAGUCUUAAUCUUAGUAUGGAAAUGUAAGCAUUAGCUAAAUUCAUCUAAGCAGCUCCAUCAUAAGAAGAAGUUAUUGUUGAAUAAUAAUAAAAAGUAAUUUAAUAAGGAGGACCAGAUAUGCAUCAAUCAGAAGAAUAAGAUAAUAUAUCAUAAGAAUCAUCUAAAAUUUAAUCAGAUAAAUCAGAUCAACACAGUUAAUUUCAUCAUUCAUUACCUCCCUAAGAAAAAACUAAUUGGGAAUUAUAAACUAUUGCAGUAAGUAAUGCAUCAGAAUAUAGAAAAUAAUAUUAAAUUAAACAUCUAAAUCUUAUAAACAAAAGAAAUACUUUUAGAAAGAAGAAUCUAUUAGAAAAUGAGGAAGAAGAAGAACAAAUGCAAUUAAAUUAAAACACUAAUACUAAUAACUUUAUUGUUACUAAUAUUGCUGAUAAAAAUAUGCUCAGUCUACCUGUCAAAGAUAAUUAAUCUAUGGCAGCUAGAUCUUAUUUUAAUAAAAGUAUGGUACCAUUAAUUGGCGAUUAUGGAAAUGCAGAAAUUAUGGUUCCUAAUUAAGACAAUAUGAUUUGA